CAUUGUUUUGCAAACUACCUAUAGAUCCUAGGCAGCAAUUUAUCAUAGAUGGCUCAACAUCAUACCAUUUCAGGUCUAGUUGGGAAGCUUGUGAUUGAAUCGGAGGUUCACUGUGAUGCUGACAAAUAUUACAAAAUCUGGAAGCACCACGAAGACGUUCCUAAUGCAACCCCACAUAUUUCUGGCGUCAAAGUUACCGAAGGGCAUGGAACUGCUUCAGGUUGUAUCAAGCGAUGGAACAUUGUUGUUGCGGGCCGAAACGAAUUUACCCUUGAGAAAACAACAUACAAUGAUGAAACAAGGACCAUAUGUCACAGUAACAUCGAUGGAGACAUGAUGAAGAAAUACAAGAAGUUUGAUGCAAUUCUUGUAGUUACAUCUAACGCUAAGGGACAUGGUAGUAUUGUGAGCUGGACUAUUGAAUAUGAGAAGAUUCACGAGGAUUCUCCGGUUCCAAUUGAGUAUCUAGGUCUCUUCCAGUCGUUAAUCGAGGACGUGAACUCCCAUAUUUGCACUUCUCAAUAAAUAACCCUUUAUGAUGUAUUUCGACCGGUAUCCAUCCACCAAUAGUCGGUCAAUUCCUGUGUGUAUGGUGUUUGUGUGAUAAUAACUAGUAUGUGGAUUUCUCACAAUCUAAAUAAUGUGCAUAGACACAGGUAUGAUUUAUUUAUUUCUUUUGGUUA